CGACAGCAGUAUUGUUCAAAAAACAAAAAUGGGUUUGAUGCUAUAUGUGAAGCAAAGGUUUCAACUAAUAAAUUAUUUGCUCAUGCUGAUCCUCCAGCUCUAAAAACAAAAAGUAAGAAAAAAGCCAGGUUUUUUGGAUGUGGUCUUCCAUUGCCAAAGAUAUUCUCAAAAAGGUUUAAAAGCAAGGGUGCAUCCAAGUGUUCUGAUCUUACUACUAGACCAGGUGAAGCUAAUGAGAUAGGCAAUGCAAAUCUUAGAAUAAAGUUGUAUGACGGUGAAACCAAUCGCACAAAAGAAGACAAGGGCGAUAGAAAGUCUGUGGAGGAUAACACUAGGAAAAAUAGUGCUGAAAAUGUUACUGGUUCAAGGGAAUCUACAAGUCAACAGAAAGAUGAAGCUAAUGAGAUAGACAAUGCAAAUUCUAAAAUAAAGUUGUAUGUCGGUGAAAUCAAUCGCACAAAAGAAGACAAGGGUGAUGGAAAGUCCAUGGAGGAUAGUGAUAGUGCACCUGGAUACAACACUAGGAAAAAGAGUGCUGAAAAUGUUACUGGUUCAAGGGAACCUACAAGUCUACAGAAAGGUGAUUAUAUGAUAUCAGUGAUAGGUUUACAACAGUUACACGGACAGUGGAAUAUGUCGGAUCAGCUGUUACAACAACUUGAUGUAACGAAAGAAGAUGUGGUGGACAAAUUAACAUUUUCUAAGGAUUCUAGUGUUGUUUGUACAGUGUUGGUUCUUGCUUGGUUACGUAAACAGUUUUCACAAAGACAAGAGGAGUGGCAGAUGAUAGAAGCAAAAGCACUUGCCUGGAUAUCUACUCAAAGUCCUAGCUUUACAACAGAGGAACACAUUAAACAUACUAGAGAAGUGAUGUGGACCAAGUAAUGUUGUUCAUACAUGUAAAUAUAGUCAUAUGUAUAGACAACUUACUAUGAGUUGUUAUUUCUAAUCAACACUUAUGAAAAAAGAAAUGUACAACGCAAGCGUCUUGCAGGCUUAACGUUUGAUUAAUAUGUAUGAAAU